CAGGCCGCGGCCGCGGCGCGGCUGCGCUCGCACGCGUGGGUGCCAGCGGAUCGCGGCGACGUCGCGGCUGGGCAGCCUGCCGAGACGCUCCAGCAGCUCGAGGAGAUGCUGCAGGAGCAGGAGGACGGCGAGGCCGACGGCCGCGGCCCCGCGUCGCUGCCCGCGGGCCCUGGCCCGUCGGGCGGCCCGUGCUGCGGCGACGUCAUCCACGCCACGCUGGGCGCGGUGGUCGGCCCCGAGCUGCUGCGGGAGCUGUGGGCUGUGGGCGCCGCGCUGGCGUCCUUCCUGGACUGGGAGUCCGCGGAGGCUGAGGGUGGCUCCAGCGGGGAGUCCGGCUCAGAGGCGGGUUCCGACGGCGGCGCCGCGCCUGGCGAGGC